AUGAGCGCGCGCGCAGCACACAGCAAACUCCAGAAGCUCGUACUCGCCACCUAUCGUGAUUUUUUGCGUGCCGCCCGCGGUCGCGACGAGACCAUCCGCGAGCAUAUUCGCGACGAGUUUCGCGCGGCGUCGAAACGUUUCGCCGUCACCGACGUGCUGCUCAUCGAGCAUUAUCUGCGACGAAGUCAGCGCCAACUCGACGCGAUUCGAAAAGGCCACAUUGAGAGGAUCUCGAAAAUGGCAGACACCCGCGAAUUGCCGGUGUUCGCCUACAUCGAAGAAGCGAAACAGUUGUGGGAGAUUCGCGAAUAUCUCAACAAGAACGAGGCGGUGAAUUUGGAUGCGAAUGGUCCGAAAGACGUCGCGCAGAAUCUCAUCGAGAUCUGCAAAACGCUUCAUUUGUUGCCGGCGUGGGCCCAAGAGGUAGAGCCUGUGCUCAACUCGAUUUGCUCGUUGAUCGUCAUUGUGCCAGCCGAAAACAGCGAAGCCGUCGUCACUUCGUUCAUUCAAGCAGUUUCCCCGAAAUACUACAAAGGAAUCGGAUGGAAUAGCAACGCCGGAAUCGCUGUGCGUGUGUUGUCGAAUCUGUUCAAAGGAUAUUCGAACUUCAAAAAGAUCCAGGCGAUGACGUAUAAGGCGCUGGUGGAGAUGUGCGCCGAAUCGCGGCUCAUCGGCGAACUCGACUGCGACAUUGAGACGCUCAACGAGAUAUUCGCGUAUUGGGAGACGCCGGUCGAAGGACAACGCGAGAUUCUUCGACUCGUCCACAACGCCCUUCUUAAUGAUCAUCGCCCUGAUCAGGCGGCCAAGAUCAUGACGGUGCUUCUCGGCACUUAUACGGAGAAGGACGCUGCGAACGCGCGUCAGGAUGCGAUGGAAUGUGUGCGAACCGCCGUCGUCGAUCCCAAAUCGUUCUCGUUCGACCAUCUGGAGCGACUCAGCGCCGUGCGGGCCCUCAAACAGUCGGAUCCGCUCAUGUUCACUGCUCUCGAGCUUUUCGUGUCGGGAACCCUCAAGGACUAUCAGGAAUUCGUCAAGAAGAAUCCGACGUUCAUCAGCGAGCAUUUGCGAGUCGACGAGGCCGUUCUCAUCAAGAAGAUUCGUCUUCUGACGUUGAUGUCGUUGGCUGAAGAGAAAAAUGAAAUCAGCCUUGAUGAAUUGGCCAAACAACUCGACAUCUCUGCUGAUGAAGCUCUUGAGGAAUUCAUCAUCGACGCCAUUCAAGUCAAUGCUAUUUCGGGCAAAAUCAAUGAGAUGACGCGAAAAUUGGUGGUGAACAGCUAUCAGCAUCGAAGAUUCGGACAAGAGCAAUGGGUUGUUCUUCAGAAGCGUCUGAUGACGUUGAUUGCGAAUCUGAAGCAGACACACAAGAAUAUUCAGGAUGUCAAUCAUCGAAUCACCGAGGCCACAAACGCCUAA